CGGGGCUCCUCGCUAGCGUGGGAGGUGGAGCAUGCGCUGGACGUCGAGGUGCGCGUUGGACGCCGGUCGUAGCUAUGCUCCGCUCGGCGCGCGCCUGCAAAGCCUUUGACGGAGCGCUAAGGCUCUGCAGGCCCAGAUCCUCGAGGAUACCCAAAGCGCUCCGGAGCAGUAGCGGCAGUGGCCAAGGGAACACCGAGCCGAGGCCGCUACCGCUAUCCUACAAGCUUUUGGAUGGAGAAGCGUCCCUCCCGGCCAUCGUUCUCCUGCACGGACUCUUCGGCAGCAAAACCAACUUUAACUCCAUCGCCAAGGCCUUGGCCCAGCAAACUGGCCGGAGGGUGCUGACCGUAGAUGCUCGGAACCAUGGUGACAGCCCCCACAGUCCAGAUGUGAGCUAUGAGGCCAUGAGCCAGGACCUGCAGGACCUCCUGCCCCAGCUCGGCCUGGCAUCCUGCGUCUUCAUCGGCCACAGCAUGGGCGGAAAGACAGCCAUGUUGUUGGCCCUGCAGAGGCCCGAGUUGGUGGACCGUCUGAUGCCUGUGGACAUCAGCCCAGUGACACACACCUCCUUGUCACAUUUCUCCACCUAUGUGGCAGCCAUGAAAGCUGUGGACAUCCCAGAUGAGCUGCCCCGCUCCCGUGCCCGGGAACUGGCUGACGUGCAGCUCAGCCACAUGAUCCAGAAUGUGGCUGUGCGGCAGUUCCUGCUUACCAACCUGGUGGAGGUCAAGGAGCGCUUUGGUUGGAGAGUGAACUUAGACGCCUUGGCCCAGCACAUGGACAAGAUCUUGGCCUUCCCGCAGCGACAGGAAUCCUACUCUGGCCCAACCCUCUUUCUCCUUGGUGGAGACUCUGCAUUCGUGCAACCCAGCCACCACCCUGAAAUGAAGCGGCUGUUCCCUCGGGCACAGAUGCAGACCGUGCCUAAUGCAGGUCACUGGGUCCAUGCUGACCGCCCACAGGACUUCAUGGCUGCAGUGAAAGGCUUCUUGGCUUGAAAGUUGCCCCUUCAAGAGGGGCCAGGAGACCCUGGGCUUCCUGUCCCUGCAUCCGGUUUCAUCUCACCACACUGAAGGACUCAGGCAGGCCCUGAGUGGGCAUCCAUGUGCAGAGACAGUCAGACCUCCUGCUUUAAUGAAUAAAGACAGUGCCUCUGAA